CCAUAUUUUAUCCUACUACCCGCUUUUACUUCUGAAAAUCACUUUUUCCUAGAAUACUCUUGCAAAGGUUUGCAAACAUUCUUGAGACGGCAAGAGUUCAUCACCAUCCUCACAUCAUCGCAUCCCAAAAAGUCACACGCAGUCCAUUGUAAAACACCGUUGAUUUCAGAUUUUCUUCCAGACUUGGUCCGGAACCAGUUUACCUCCCAUCGGAAGCGUCGGUUUCCUGUUUUCCCCGUCAUUUGGGAUUUCGCUCUUCAAUUUUUGAUUCCGCAAUAACUAUAGCUACAUACGGAGUAUAAUAUAAGCGCAAGUGCAAGUUUUUAUUUUAUUUUUAUUUUGAGAGAUCAAAGAAAAAUGACGAUCCAAUCGAUGCCCGGUAGCUCAGGGUACUUAGACGUUGGCGACCGGAAGGUUACAUAUUUCAGCAAUGGUUAUGUCCUGGGUUUGACCAUCAUUGCCGGUAUUGGGGGUUUCCUCUUUGGCUACGAUACAGGAGUAAUUUCUGGUGCACUUUUGUACAUUAAAGAUGAAUUUGAGGAGGUGAAUCAAAGCAGUUUCCUCCAGGAAACUAUUGUCAGCAUGGCUUUGGUUGGAGCCAUGAUUGGAGCUGCUGCGGGAGGCUGGAUUAAUGAUGCUUAUGGACGGAAAAAAGCUACCCUUUCAGCUGAUGUUGUUUUCACACUGGGAGCUAUUGUUAUGGCUGCAGCUCCAGGUCCUUAUGUCCUUAUACUUGGAAGACUUUUAGUUGGUCUUGGGGUUGGCGUGGCAUCUGUCACUGCUCCUGUAUAUAUUGCUGAAGCAUCACCAUCUGAAAUUCGGGGAGGACUUGUGAGCACCAAUGCACUCAUGAUUACUGGUGGACAGUUUAUUUCCUACCUUGUCAAUCUUGCUUUCACUGAGGUCAGAUGUUCUUGAUUUCUCUAAAAUUCAACUGUUAUCACUUAUCUUCUUAUUAUUUUCAUUCUUAUAAAUGAGUUUGAGAUUUCUUAAACUUUUGUGAGCUUCAAUAGUCAAACUGUGAUAAAUCUUUAAAUCAUUUUACUCAUUUUUGCUUAUGCCAUCUUGUGUGUAAAAAACUGGGAUCCCAAGUUCUUGGAGUCCCAAAUCAACCAAAAAGGAUGGAUUUGAACCCGAAUACCAGAUGUGAAUCGAACACACAGAGUGCCUGAUUCAUUUAGACAUCAGGAUGCAUGGGCCCAAGUAGUAGUUUUCUUUCUCAUGUUGAAGUUAUGGUGAGUAAGACUAUCUGGUCAAUUUUAAUAGAAUUAGCUUGUUAAUCUUGCCGCAUCUUUUUGCUGCUAUAAUUAUGUCUUGGCCUAUGCUGUAUUUAGUUAUUCUUUAUCACACUGCUUUCUUUGCAUGAAGGGUUUUUCACUGUGCAGCUCUGAAGAACCAGCAUCAAGAUAGAUUUAUGGGUCUGCAUUAUAGUUUUCGCAGUGAAUAAAUCAGUGAAGGAAAUUGUUCUUUUCUUUCCUGCCUAUACUAGUUCUGAUUUGGCACCAACUUAUAUUUCUCUAUUGCUUUCAAGUAAUGUUAUCUUUACUGGCUUUUGCAUUGAACAUGAUCAUUUACUUUCCAAUUGCCUAUAAAUUCUAUUUGCAUCUGUAAGUGUAAUAAUGAACAAUUUUCAGAGAUAUGUAACUUCUUUUCAUUUGAUUUUAUUUUUUUUAAAUGUUUUCAUCCAUAAGUAGAUGCAUGUAUAUGUUUAGAACUAGGGCUUGCUGUUGCUAUUCAUGAACUUUCUUCAAGUGAGAGGUUUUCUUUUGUCCCAUGUUGUCCACCUGUCUGUCGAUUCAAAUAUUUUUGGAUUUCAUCCCUAAGUAUGUAGUGUGUUGUUCAAUUUACACGUAGUUUUUUAUGGCAUGGUAGAAAUCUGGAUCUUGCAUUUCCCCCCCUGUUGAGUAGUUGCAGGCUGCAGCAAUCUCUUAAAUGAACGUAUGUUUCUGAAAUUGUUUUUUUCUAGGAUGUGGAACAGCGUUCCUUAGGUUGUCAAACAGAUGCAUAUCAGAAACUGAAUAUUUAAUGUUUAAACACUUCAGCGUGAAACCUUGAAAAACAGAGAAUCAACAAUAAUUAUUUUUUUCUUUUUGUAUCUGGAUUAUGCUUCUAUAAUAUUCUCAACGUCCCUCUGUUUUGUUAUCUCCUUUAAGUAUAUCUACAAUAUCUCCCGAAAUAUUAGUUUAGCCUAACUAUUUUUGUCAUGUACUCAUGUCGUGGUUAGCUUCAAGUCUUCAACUCAACUAUGUACUCAUGAAAGGGCAUUGCAAAUAUUAGUUUACCUUACAAAUUUUGAGUAAUUUUUUUAUCUAGUAGACGUUGGAAGUGUUACUUUGUCCUUAUGCGCUGUGCUCUUCAUGGCAUUUUAAAGAUAUCAGCUUUGUUUGCAACUGUGUUUUAUGCUCAGUGUUAUAACAAAAUCAACAAAUUCUUUCUGCAAAUCAUAUUGUGAUUUGAAAUUGAAGGCUUUUGGAUAUCUUGACUGUGGUGAUUAUAAAAUUUACUUAUUCUGCAUAUGAAUUCGAAAAAGUGAGAACUGUUGCAUGCAAGGAUUUCAUGAGAUUGUAAUUAAUUUGACAGUAUGGAUAUUGCUAUACUUUGACAACUUUUUAUUUUGUUUUUUAACCAAACAAUUAAUUUAGGUUCCACUUCAUAAUUAUCUUUCAGCAUGGACUAACGUAAACAAAAGAAAAAAAUGGUUAAUCAGGAAAACUAAAUAUUAUUGGUGGGGUAUGCAGAAAAACUAGGGAUGUGCAGAAAAACUAGUGGUGUUCAAAUUAGGAAAGUUAAAACGUGACAAGCUAAAAGUGGGAGGACACCAAACAAGCUGCAAUAAGUCCCAUGCAUAAUUAGGAAGUAGGGUCUGCCGAGGGCCGAGGGGGUGAGAUGCAUGUGAACCUUAUGUCUACCUCUAAGAGUAAGUGAAUUAGAAAAUCUAUAAAAGUUGCUAGUGGUCAAAUUAGGAGAAUGGACAUUGUAAAUGGCUAAAAUGGAAACCAAACCAAACAAACCAGCAAGUCUCACUAGGUAGUUAAAGUAGGAUAUGGGGAAGGUGAUCUGAAUGCAGACCUUAUUUCUACCCGAAGAAUUGAGAUGUUGUUUCUGUGAAGACCUGGUCACUGGGGGUCAAGAUUUUUUUUGAAGCUUGUAAAAUUUGAAGAUAAUAGUAAACAUCUUGAAGUAGAUAAGGAAGACAUCCAAAGGUGGAAGGUAGUGUGAAUAAUUUGGGCAGAUGUAAUAUUUUUUUGUCCAAGCAAUGGCUGGCUCACGACAAUAUGUUCCUUAUUGUACCUUAAAGUAUGUUUAUGUUAUUUGAUGAUGAAGCUAUGGUUUUACGUUAUUAUCCAAUAAUUGCCAUAACGAUUUUUGUUUCAAUUUUUGUUAUAUAAUACGGAGUAAUCAUUUGGUUUGUGACUUUAUAUUAUACAUCUGACCAAUCUUUUUACUGCUUAUCCAAUUGCUCUUGUUAGUUAAAAUUUGUCAUAUGUAAUGAUCUGGCAUGGAUAUUGAACAUUUGUCCUUUGUAAAUCCUCGAGCAGGUCCCCGGGACAUGGAGAUGGAUGCUUGGAGUAUCUGCUGUGCCAGCUAUUAUACAGUUCUGUCUAAUGCUAUUCAUGCCCGAGUCUCCACGGUGGCUCUACAUGAAGAGUGAUAAAUCAGAAGCUACAGUUGUUCUUUCCAAAAUCUAUGAUCCUUAUCGCUUGGAGGAGGAGAUUGUUCUGCUAGCUACUGCCUUAGAGGAAGAAACUUUUAAAAAGAAUGCUGUCAGAUACACAGAUAUUCUCAGAUCAAAAGAACUUAGACUUGCAUUUUUUGCUGGAGCUGGACUACAGGCAUUCCAGCAGUUAACUGGCAUCAAUACAGUGAUGUACUAUAGCCCAGCAAUAGUGCAAAUGGCUGGCUUCCAUUCAAACCAAUUAGCGUUACUUAUCUCAACGAUCGUGGCAUUUAUGAAUGCCAUGGGGACCGUCCUGGGAAUUUACCUCAUCGACUAUAUCGGUCGCAAAAAGUUAGUCCUGACAAGUUUAUCUGGCGUGAUAGUUUCCCUUGUUCUUCUUGCGGGAUCAUUCAUAAUCUUAGACCCGUCAUCUAGCACGGCCAACGGGGUGUAUGGAUGGGUUGCAGUUAUAGGUUUGGUUCUUUACAUUGCCUUCUUUUCGCCCGGGAUGGGCACCGUGCCUUGGACAAUGAGCUCAGAGAUAUAUCCUGAAGCAUACCGAGGGAUAUGCGGCGGAAUGUCGGCCACUGUGAACUGGAUAUCCAAUAUCAUAGUGACAGAGAGUUUUCUGUCAUUGGUCGAUGCCAUAGGCACAGGUGGCACUUUCUUGAUAUUUGCUGGUAUGGCUGUUGCAGCCUUUGGGUUUGUGGUGACUUUUGUGCCCGAGACCAAUGGCCUGACGUUCAAGGAAGUCAAUAGCAUCUGGAAGGACAGAGCUUCCGGAAAUGGCUCCUCUGCCAGAGAAGCUCUUAUCGAACCUGGAAACCAAUCUCGAGAGUAGGGAUGGAGCUCUUCUCUUGUCUCAUUAGUUUGUUUGUAUAGAUAUAUGUCAUAGCUACAAGUGUUUAGUCUUGAGUGCAGUUUUAUGUGCACCUGCUGCGAUGUUGCACUGCGGCCUGUAUUUGUCGUGUAGAAUAAUCUUUCAGAUCUCUUCGGUCGAUACAUACUUUAUUUAGUCAUCUACUUUUCUGGAUUGGGGUGUUGCACUGGCAGAGCCAAAGGUUUAAUGAUCGGAUAGCUUUUCG